AUGGCGACCACCACCUCCACUACAAUGCCCGCUGGGCCAGCCGUUACUCCUGAGCACAAGACGGCGCUGAACAUGGCAACCAAUGAUCGCAUAUCCGCUGUGUGCAGCAUCUUGUAUCAUGAAUCAAUCACCAUCGGCUCUUACGCCGUGCAGCUCGGUCUCGCGCCCAGUCUCCAACAGCACAUGCUAUCACAAGUGCGAUUUGCAUGCGGUGCAAGCGAUCCUGCCGUGCUGGACACGAGAAUGCGAAUCGGGGAAAUGCUGUACAGACUUCAGCCGGCAGAACCCUGGGCGAAGCAACUCGCGGAUUUGCGAAAUGUUCUAUACGUACGAACGACUGGCCAGGCAUCCGAUUGGCGCUGGUAUGGUUACUUGAGCUCGCCUCCUCCGCCGAACGAUGUGACGUACCGAGAUCCGGAUGUCAGACUGGCUCUUUGGCAUCGUCUCCAUCUGAACCAACAGCACAUUGACCAUCUCAAGAAGUGCGAAGCAAUGAUAGCUGCCCUUGUACCGCCGUCAUUGGGAGGGACAGACUAUCGUACACAUAUGCCCACUCUUCAAAAUGCAUCGGGACCAGCUCCGGGGCCAGCUCCGGCACCAACUUCAGGAUCAGCCACCGCUCCAGCGACGGCCGCGAGAAGACCACUUGCUUCACUCGCUCCAAAUGUGGCCGGCCAGGGCAAGCAAAGCGCGGCGCCCACAGCACUAGCAGCGGACAAAGCGAUGACGAAGAACCCUGCGCUCAAGCGCAAGCGAGAAGAUCCGCCGAAGAAGGUCGUCGAGGUCAUUUCGCUGCUGGAGGAUUCUUCCGACGACGAGGCAGCAUUGCAGGCCAAGUCAGAUGCGCUUGAAGCCAGGAUUGCGUCGAUUCGGGCGAGAACGGGUCACGAGGACCAAGUGCUGGCAACGAAGAGGCCCAAGAGCACACCGAAACCGCCACUUGCAUCUCAGCGAACGCCACUAAAUGUGCCCCCGGUAACGCAGCGUGCUCCGCCUAUCGUGCAAUGCCCGACUGCCCUCACCAGGGGUAGCUUCGACCUGCCUCCAAGCUCGCAACAUCCAGUCUGCAAUAUGCGCGUGGAUUACACGAAGAUUAAGGAUCCUCGAUGGGCUGCACACCUGAGAGAUGGCCUGGAGGGACCUGAUGCAAGUGGUAUGACCAUCAAUGAGCUGCGAGACGAGUUUGAAGACAUUGAGCGUAAACGUCUGGCUCGGGAGAAAAAGGCGGCUGCCAAGGAGAAGAAGGUGGAAGCACAGAAGGAGCAGCGGCGUGCAGAAUCUGCUGGGCGAGCCGCCGUGACAGGAACGAUAGCUCCCGGAGUCCAUCCUUCAGCCUCGCAAUCAUUGGCACGCACGACAACCCAGUCUCAAGCGCCAAUACCUGCUACUGGGACUUUCUCGAGCUCACCGGCCAUGCAUAAUUCAAUGCAGCCGAUCCUGAUAUCAAGCUCUCCAUCAACACAACAGCCCGUCCAGCCCACUCCCGCAGAGGUCCGGACCGAGCCAGUGCUCUGCAAGGAGCAACAGUCGGUUGUUGAUCUGAUCAAGGCUGGCCACAAUGCGGGUCAAAGAAGAAAGGAGCAUCGGGCCGCUUCAGCUCCAGCCAGCGCGGCGGUCGAGACGGCUCACCGGAACCUCGCUCCACCACGAGUAUGCAAGGCGAGCUGCGUGGCGAACACGCCCUUCUCCGCGAAAAGCUAAUCCGGGAAUUCCUCGAGCGCCCUUGCAAUAAGAGCAAACUAU